AUGAAAUUGGGAAGUGUAUUUAAUCCAAGAGGUGUCCUUGAAAUAAACUACAAGAUAUCUUCUAUAGAUGCUUAUUAAAAUGUCUUAUACACUGGAGAUGAGAAAGGCACAUUAUAUAGGUAAAGGAUUAGUUGAAUUAGAUAUCAAUUGUAGCCAGAUUAAGCCAUGAUUAUACAAGCAAAUUAAGCAUAAUCCAAAUCUUUAACUAAAUCAAGGAUUGAUUAAAUAAAAGUUUUCCCUUAAACAAAUGCUAAUCUUUUGGUUUUAUCAGAUCAGACAUUGUUUUUUGUUGAAGAAAAGACUCUAAAAGGGGAAUAGAUUUCCAAAGAAAAGGUAUCAUUAUUUGCCUUAAACGAAUUUUCAAAAAUUAAUUAACUUGAGAUUGUAAUAGUGACUAAGAAGAAAGAAGGCUUCAUUUUAUAAUACAAUUAGAAAGCAGGAAAAUUUGAAUGUUUGAGGGAGAGAUUCUUGUUGCCAGAUAUUCCUGUAACGAUUGCAUUUAUAGGGACCUUAUUCUAUUUUGGAAUAUCAAAGAAAAAUUAUUCUGUGAUAAAUCUUGAUGAUAAGUAACUUUAGGUAGCCAAUUUAAUUGUGGAUAUUGGUACUAAUCCAUAUCUCAAGGCAACUGAUAAUGAUGAAUUAUUAAUAAUAACUACUAACAAUAUUGGUAUUUUUAUUGGUAAGGAUGGCUAAAUCAAAUAGAAGAGCACUAUCCAAAUACAAAACAAAUCAAUACAAAUAAUAACUAUAUAUAAGUAAUAUCUGAUAGUAUUAUUCGAUAACUUAAUACAAGUGUUCAAUUUAUUGGAUUCUAAACCAAUGAGUGAGAUCUAAUUGUCGUCAUCAGCAAAAUGUAUAACUUAAACAUCAAACCAUUUAUUUUAUGGAAGCUCUAGUGAAGUAUGAAUUAUUUCAUCAACAUUUUUAGAUCAUAUACUUAUAUUAAACACCGCCUGAACAAUAGAUAUAAGAUUUACUAAAGUAGGGGAAAGUGGAAGAUGCACUCCAAGUAUUUUAACAAUACAAUUAAAACUAAGAUGCAUAAAAGAAUUAAUAAUUGGAAUAGUUAAAAUUGGAUUGUGGUUGGGCUUUGAUUAGAUAGAUGUAGUUUUAGAAUUCAUUGAAUUAUAUAUUAUAGACAAAUUUUGAACCAAGAGAUUUCAUUUGUUUGUUCCCAGAUUAUUACUAUGCUGUAGAGAAAUUAGAAUCAGUUAAUCCAAAUCCAUCUUAAAAUACGAUAUCACUAAUUAUUGCCAAAUAUGUAUAAGAAUAAAAUAAAGGUGAUCCUAAGAAGAGUUAAGAAUUGAAAAUAUAAGCUAGAGAUUUCUUGAUUGAAAUUUUAGAAAAGAAGAGGGCCGUACUAACUUCAACUUAAUAUGCUUAUUCUAUGAAGGAUAAAUUGAAUUUACUAACAAGUACUUAGAUUUUCAAUUAAAAUUAAUGGCAUGCAAUACAAUGUGAAUAACUUUUGGAACUUAUAGAUUUUGCAUUGAUAAAGGCCUAUCUAGAGGCUUAAUUAUUACCAAAAUUAAAGAACUUUUUAUCUUGUAAUCAAAUAUAUUGUUUAUCUAUGUACCCCGAAUUAUAAGCCAUAUUUUAAAAUAAUAAAGCAAUUGAAUAAUAAUAAGGUAUAUUAGCUAGGUUUUAUGAAUCAUUUAAUAAAAUUGAUUUGUCUUUGGAAGUCUGGAGGACAAUUGGUGGUGAUUCUUUGAAUUAAUAAGUUCAAUAAGAGGCCUGUGAGGAAACUACUCGAAUUCUUAAGUAGAACCCAGAAAGGAAUAGAAUAUUCAAGUUCAUUCAAUGGGUUUUGAAAAAGUAAUUCAAAACUGGAAUUUAAAUCUUUUACGUUAGUGAAAGCAUAAUAUCACCAGAUUAAAUGCUAAAAUUUUUGGAUGAAGAAAAGGAACAAGAUCUAAAGAGGAAACUCAAAGAGAAAUAUUUAGAAGUCUUAGUAUUGGAAAAGUCGACAGAGGAAGAAAGAUUCCAUACUCAAUUAGUAUACUCUUACAUCGAUUUUUUAUAUACCAUAUUUCCUAAAGAAAUGUAGCCAUCUUAAAUUGAUAUGAAGAAGAAUUAGGUUGCAUAGGAAACAUAUUAAUCAUUAAAAAAGUUCUUGAAAAAUCCAAAUGCCAAAUAUAAUUCCUCAAGCAUUUUGGAAAAGAAAGUAAAGGAUUCUUGGAUGAUUUAGGAAGUGAUACUGUUGUAUGGUAGGGAAAAGAGACAUGAGGAAGCAUUAAGUUAAUUAUUAAAUCUUGGAUUUUAUGAAUGGGCUGAAAAAUAUUGUUGUGAGUAUACUGAUAAUUUAUUGACUAAACUCUUCAAAAAGGUAUGAAUUCUCUGUAAUUUAAAGUAUAAAGAGCUAUAUUUCUUUUUGGAGGGAAAAUAGAAGGAAAGACCAACAGAUCAGUAAACAUUAUUCGCGUUUAAUUAAGUUAAAGUAAUUCAAAUAUUCAUUCAAAAUAUAGUUUACAAUCAACAAUUUUUUGAAAAAAUAUGCAACACACUCUUAACUAAAUGCUUUAGAAGUAUUAGAAAUGAUACCUGAGAAUUGGAUACUUGCUGAUUAAGGCGAAGAUGAUGGAUUAUUUUAAUUUUUAAAUAGUGUAAUAAGUAAUAAUAUACUUUACAUUUAGGCCACACAUUGCAUUAAAAGAGGUCAACAAAAGCUGCAUUUCAUCUAUCUGACAUGGAUUUAUUGAAUGUUGAAUGCUUGAAUGCCAGUACCAAGUAAGCAAAUGUAAGGAUUACAUCUGAAAAAAAGUGUGCAGUUUGUAGUAGAUCGAUUGGUGAAAAGGUAAAUAUAGUUUUUAUCACUUAGGUGUUUGUUGUGUAUCCUAAUGGUGUUAUUGCCCAUCACACGUGUAUAAAAAGUAAUACUAUAUGUCCAUAGACGGAUAAGGAUUUUGAAAAGUAUUUUAAAAUGUGA